AUGGCAGAAAAUCCAGACUCACGAAUCCAACCCGACGUCAACCAUGGCGACAAAGCAGACCAACCCUCCUCAACGGAGCACACUGUCGACGUCGAGACGGCGACCACCGAAAAGGCCUACUUCAGCAAGCUCUCCGUCUGGCUCAUGAUCCUAUUCUCGGGCCUGGCCAUCGGGUCUGACGGUUACAACGCCGCCGUCAUCGGCAACGUCAACCUCGUCCUCGCCAUCCUCUACCCGACCACCUUGACCCCCGAGAUCCGCCAACGUCUCUCCAACGCCUUUCUUAUCGGCAUGAUAAUCGGCAUGCUGACGUUUGGCGUCGUCGCCGACCAGCUCGGCCGCAAGACCGGCGCCGUCGCCACCACCAUCCUCCUCGUCGUCGGUAUCGCCAUGAGCGCCGGCGCGUCGGGCACCUCCGAGACUGGGAUGUUCUGGAUGCUCAUCGUGGCGCGCGGCGUGGCGGGCGUCGGCGCCGGAGGCGAGUACCCCGUGGCGGGCGCAGGUGCCGCCGAAGCCACCGACGAAUCCGCCGCUCACCGCAAGCACCGCGGCUUCAUGUUCGCCAUGCUGGCCGAUCUCUCCGCGUCGCUGGGCUACGUCUGGGCGGGGCUCGUACCCCUGCUGCUGCUGCUCAUGGUCGGCGGCGAGCAGACCACCGGCGGAUACGUCGUGGUUUGGCGCGCCGCCUUUGCGCUCGGAGCCCUCCCGCCGCUGGUCAUCUUUUGGUUCCGGGUGCGCAUGGCGGUGUCGACGGCGUACCGGCGCAGCGCCAUGAGGAAACAGCGCACGCCGUACCUGCUCGCCCUGAAGCGGUACUGGAGGCCGCUGCUGGGCUGCUCGGGCACCUGGUUCCUGUACAACUGGAUCAGCAUCCCGUUUGGCAUCUUCAGCUCCACCAUCAUAUCGCGCGUCAACGCCGGCGAGAGCCUCGUCAAGACCCUCGGCUGGGGCGUCGUCAUCAACUGCUUCUACAUCCCCGGCCCGUUCCUGGGCGGCUACCUUUCCGACCGGAUCGGACGCCGCCGCACCAUGGCCUUGGGCUUCACCCUGCAGGCCGUCUUGGGAUUCGUGCUGGGCGGCGCCAUCGGGCCGAUCCAAGACGUCUUCCCGUUGUUUGUAGUCAUGUACGGCGUGUUCCUGACGCUGGGGGAGGUCGGGCCCGGAAGCACAGUGGUCAUCACCUCUACCGAGUGCUUCCCUACGUCCAUCAGGGGCCAGAUGAUGGGCAUGGUGGCGGCGUGGAGCAAGGUCGGCGCCGCGCUCGGGACGCAGGUCUUCACGGCGAUACUCAACGCCUACGUUGACGACCCGGCCAAGGGAAACCAGGCUGCGUUCCUGAUAGGCUCAGGGUUUGCCUUGGCCGGCGCUGCGGUUGCAUUGUUUGUCAUGCCCGAAGCGUCGCGCAAUCUGGACGACGACGACAGGGAGUGGAAGAAGUACCUGGACGAUAACGGGUGGGAAGCCACCUGGGGCGAUUCCACCACGGAGGAUCCUGCGGGUGUGGUGCUUGGGACUGCGAGGUCGUGA